CUCUGCUUUUUCAAUUUGUUGGUGUUUUUGUUCAUGAUUUUUUCUUGUCUUUUUUGGUUUUUGGCCAAGUCCAAGUUUAACAGCGCUCGACGCGCCAGAAUCAAGUUCAGUUGCGCCGCAAACGCGUCGCGGAAAUGUUUCGCUGCUGCUGCUGCAAACCGUCCCAAAGAAAUCGAAAUCUAAAUUGAAAUUGAAAUUGAAAACCAUUAAACGAACGCGCCGCCGUCCCGCAUCCUUGUCAAACAAAAAAAAAAACCGAUACAGCGAAACGGGAAUCUAACCCGUUAAAUAUUUCACUUUUUUCCCCAACCGUUCUCAGUUGGCGCCAUGAGGGAACCGCUGCCCGUGGCGGUGGUGAUGGUGGUGCUGCUCCUUUGGCUCGGUGCGGCGGUGCCACCCACUUCUGGAUCGGCGGUCCUCAUCUCCGACAUGACCAUGAGCGUUAUGGUGGAGCUAUCCUCCCGUCAUCCCUUCUGCAAGAUGCACACAGAUCGCGGCGAUAUCCAGCGGAUGUUGCUGCAAUCGGAUCCGCGUCGCAUCCGCCAAGUGCCGCGGGAAUCGGUGAUGGAGCUGGAGGAGGUGUGUCGCCGGCAGGGAUCCUACGGUCAUGAGUUCCGCGGCGGCCUGGGCUUCAUCUAUCCCGGCACCAAGUGGUGUGGUCCUGGCACGGCGGCCACCAGUUACGAUGAUCUCGGGGCCCAUUCUCGCGAGGAUCGCUGCUGUCGCGAGCACGACAUGUGCCCGGAUGUCCUCAAUGUGGGCGAGUGCCGGCGUGGAUUGUGCAAUCGCGGCACCUUCACGAGGAGCCAUUGCGAUUGCGAUGCCCGGUUCCGGCGAUGUUUGCAGGCGGCGAACACGGAGACGGCCAACACGCUGGGCGCCAUAUUCUACAAUGUGGUGCAGGUGACAUGCUUCCAGGAGCGGAGUCCCUGCUCGGCACACCAGAGGUUCGAGGACUUCUACUACCGCACCGAUCACUGUCCGGCGGAAUUCCGGCAGGCGGAUCUCUACGUGCCGCCGCACGGGGACAAUCUGAUAGCCAAGAUCCUGGCCCAUCCGCAGGGUCGGGCCCUGGCCGCUCCAGCCUCAGCCACUUGGUCGAGUCCCGCCAAGACGACGGCCCGCCGUUGGGGCGUUAAGUUGGCCAGCGUCGGCCUGGCUGCGGUCAACAUCCUGCGGGAGGUGGUGCAGCGACCCCGUCUCCUGUGGGACAGCCUGCAGGCGCCCGUGAACAGGGAGCUCCCACCUUCCAGAUACCAGGAUCGGGGCUAUCACUACGAGCGGCCCGGGCCUUCGUCCCACGGAUAUGGUGGUCACUACAGUGGUCGCGGCUACGGGGGCUUCGAUUCCCCUUGGAGCUAGUGGCAAAAGAGUUACGAAUGCCCCCCCGAAGACUGUUCCCCGCGUGGGUGGGUCGAUUCCGGUGGUGUCCAAAAAUACUUAACGGUCGGAGAGUAGCCCAAAGAAAAUUUUAAGUUAUAUGAUUCUGGGAACUAGAGGUUAAAGUGGAACAAAAAAUUUAAUUUCAGGGUUUAUAGGGUUUAUAGGGUAUUUCAUAUAAGGUUUAAAGUAAAAUGUGGGCUUAAAAGAAAGUUUAAAAUGAAUCAAUGGUUGUUAACUCAGGGUUACAUUGCCUUACAUCAAGUUAAUAGGGUUAAUAGGAUCAAAAAUAACAAAGGUUUAUAUCAAGUUAAAAUUAAAAUAGGUUUUUAUGUAGGGUUUUAAAAAUCAGAUAAUUUUUCAUAAGAACAUCUUUACCAAAGAAAAACGCAGUAGAACUAUGUAUAUUACAUUAACAACAUAUCGCCACUUUUUACCAGAUGCUCUUAAGACAAAAAACGUGAUUUUCAAACUAAUGACCCAGAAGUUUUCGUUUUAUCCCGCUUUAUAUUCUGUUAAAGUUUCUUUAUUAAAGGUGUUUAUUAUUCUGGAAAAGUUUCAUUAUCAUGGUCUUACCAUCUUCGUGUGAAACGAGAAUACUUGUAUUGUUCUCAUACAAUACGAAUUUAAAUUAAAUGCUAUAAAUGGGUUUUUCGCAAGAUUCCCUUUGUGAGUAAUUGAGUGAUAUAGGUUUUUAAGAGGGCCACAAUUUAUAUUAAACCAGGGGUUAAAAUUAAUAUCAUAUCAGAAUUUUUUUUUACUAUAACUUAUAAGAUUGGAAAUAUGUAAGCUGAACAUUUUAUAAAAAUUUAAUUCAGAAAAUAUAGCCCAUAGCAUUUCGAAUAUUUCUAGGAUACUCUCCACCCGGCAAAUAAUUUUAUAGACCAAAAAACCGACUCACCCCACUGUUCCCGUUUAGUAUUAGUAGUCAUAAGUUGCAGUUUCGGCUCCAUUAGGGAGCCCUAGUCCUAGCCACGUAGCUGCAUGUGUGAUUGCCAUUAAUGUUCUGCAUGUCCCGUGUUCACUAGUUCACCAGCUCACCCAUAGCAAUGCUGUACAAUAAACGAUUCACAAGAAACAUUCGUUCCCUUUCCGGUUGUUCG